AUGGUGAGCGCCCAUCGCACAGGGUCCUCAAAUCGCAUGCAGGCAGCUGGGCAUCUUCGGCCUCAUGACCACAAGAAGGAUGGCGAGCGCGGCUGCGGCUUUCAGCUGCUUUGUGCCAGCUGUGGCUUUCCCUGCAGAAAUCGCUCCGAGUCCUGGGUGCAUACCAAGGCGACCGGACACGAAGGUUUCUACCGGCCCGGCGAUGGAGCAAAAGACCACCGCUUCCUGCCGAUGACUUGCGCAACGUGCGGCUUUGAAUGCAUCAGCCGAGCGGAAUCAUGGGAGCACACCAUGGCCACAUGGCACGAGGCGUUCCACAGCGCUGAGGAGAACACGCAGGAGACAGGGCGCCGUUGCUUCAACGUGAACAACAAGCAGCCGGGCGACCUCGAGGGAAGUACUUUGCAACAUCUCCUUGAAGUCUUGGAAGUAGCCAGCAAGAAAGCUGGGAUGGUGUCCAGCGCAGAGAUUGCAGGCCCACGGACUCCGUGUGUCAGACCGCAGUGUGGCCGACAGGUGGGCAGCCAGGACUUCGGCGGCUUCUGCUCGAAGGGCUGCCGGGAGCAGCCAUCCAGCUCCGAAGCCUUCUGCAGCCCCGCCUCGGAGGAGGAGUGGAACACCAUCAAGUCGCAGCUGACUCAGAACUGGAGUCCCGACGAAGCGCGGGGACCUGCCUUGUCCCCACACGCGAUCUACAAGAUUCAUGCUUCUUCGGAGAUGAUCGGGCGGUUCAACAGGAGAUGUCGGCGCAUCGGCAAGAUCACAGAGGCGGGAGCGAUCGACAGCCUGGGAAACCAGAGGCAGAUGCUGCACGGCACUCGACAGCUAUGCAGCAGUUCAUUCUCGGGCCGGCCGUGCACACAAUCAGGCUGCUCUGCCUGUUGCAUUAUGCGCAAUGGCUUUGACAUCUCCCAUCUGGGCAAGUGCACCGGCAAUAGGGGAGCCUUUGGCGCUGGGCACUACUCUACCUCUGUGUGCUCCACUGCCCUGGGCUAUGGGAACGUCGUCCUCAUAUGUAAAGUGGCAGCUGGGGCCUCUCAACAGGCCUCCUUGCCGACGUCGCAGUCGCUCCCUCCAGGAUACCACUCGCGAAACGUUAUUAAGAAGAGCGGGGUGGAUGAACUCAUGGUGGAGUGCGACGACCAGAUGCUUCCUGAAUACCUGAUCCAGUUCUGA